GCAGCGCUCCGCUCCAUCGUGUGUUCCUCUCUGUUGAUGUCGCCUCUCCUAAUCUCUAUCUGCUAAGGCGAAUUCAAACAAACUUUCGGAAAAAGUGCUCCAAACAUGGCUUACACGACCGCGGGUGGGACUAAGAAGAAGGUCUGCUACUACUAUGACGGUGACAUAGGAAAUUAUUACUAUGGACAAGGGCAUCCCAUGAAACCCCAUCGAAUCCGGAUGACUCACAACCUGCUUCUGAACUAUGGGCUGUACAGGAAAAUGGAGAUCUAUAGACCACACAAAGCCACAGCAGAGGAGAUGACAAAAUAUCACAGUGAUGACUACAUCAAGUUCCUCCGGUCCAUACGGCCAGACAACAUGUCCGAGUUCAGCAAGCAGAUGCAGCGCUUCAAUGUUGGAGAGGACUGUCCCGUGUUCGAUGGAUUGUUUGAGUUCUGCCAGCUCUCUGCUGGUGGCUCUGCUGCUGGCUCAGUGAAAUUAAACCGACAGCAGACCGACAUCGCCGUGAACUGGGCCGGAGGACUUCACCAUGCAAAGAAGUCUGAAGCCUCUGGAUUCUGCUACGUUAAUGACAUCGUGCUGGCCAUCUUGGAGCUGCUCAAGUACCACCAGAGGGUGCUGUACAUAGACAUUGACAUCCACCAUGGGGACGGAGUGGAGGAGGCCUUCUACACCACAGACAGGGUCAUGACGGUGUCCUUCCAUAAAUACGGGGAGUACUUCCCUGGAACCGGAGACCUCAGGGAUAUUGGAGCAGGAAAAGGCAAAUAUUACGCCGUCAACUUCCCCCUGCGUGACGGAAUUGAUGAUGAGUCAUACGAGCAAAUCUUCAAGCCUGUGAUGGCUAAGGUGAUGGAGAUGUACCAGCCCAGUGCUGUGGUCCUUCAGUGCGGUGCAGACUCUCUGUCAGGAGACCGCCUCGGCUGCUUUAACCUCACCAUCCGCGGCCAUGCCAAGUGUGUGGAGUACAUGAAGUCCUUCAACCUCCCGCUGCUCAUGCUGGGCGGAGGAGGAUACACCAUCCGCAACGUGGCCCGCUGCUGGACCUACGAGACCGCCGUGGCUCUGGACACAGACAUCCCCGAUGAGCUGCCAUACAAUGACUACUUUGAGUACUUUGGGCCUGACUUCAAGCUGCACAUCAGCCCCUCCAACAUGACCAACCAGAACACGCAGGAGUACAUGGACAAGAUCAAGCAGCGUCUGUUCGAGAACCUGCGGAUGCUGCCUCACGCUCCUGGAGUGCAGAUGCAGGCCAUCCCAGAGGACGCUGUCCCAGACGACACCGUGGACGAGGACACAGAGGAUCCUGACAAACGCCUGUCCAUCCGGGCCACAGAUAAGAGGAUAGCCUGCGAUGAAGAGUUCUCGGACUCUGAGGAUGAGGGGGAGGGAGGCAGGAAAAACGUGGCCAAUCACAAGAAGGGUGCAAAAAGGCCCAGAGUCGACGAGGACAAGAAGGAAGGAGAGGAGAAGAAAACUGAGAUAAAAGAGGAAGAGAAAACAAAGGACAGCAGUGCAGAGAAGACUGACUCAAAAAGUGUGAAGACCGAGCAGACCAGCAGUGCCUGAAUUGUUCUUCUCAUCCUCACACACACACACCACCUGACGGUGCUGUCCUCCCUCAAGGAUCUAGCUCUUCACUGAAUCCCAGCCAGAAGCAUUAUAUUUAUUAUGACUCCAUUUUUCUACUUGUAAAUCUCUUGUGAAUCGUAAGCAUCUUAUUGUGCAGUGUGUCAGUGGAUUUCUUCAGUCCACCACUUGAAUUUGCCAUAUUAUGUCCUUUGAUACCCUCUGAACCAUUUUGUUCCUAUGUGCUUGAUCUUCUGAAGGAAACCUGGACUUUCUUGUUUUUAGGAAACUGUGGGUAAACCUGUAGACAAACUUAUAAUGAUUUCAUGUUUAAAUUUUAAUAUUUUGCCUUUGUCAAUAAAACUUUUUUUAUACUA